AUGGGAUUAUAUGGGAAUUAUUUUAUGAUUCCGCCAAGAAUAGGAACUUCAUCUAAAAUUGUUGGACAACGAAGACGAUGUAUCGACUGUGGCCGAUUUUUCUUUUCCACACCAUAUUCUAAUAAUCAAUAUCAAAUGAUGACAUUAAAUAAAUGCCCGACAUGUGGGCGUGUUUAUAAACAUAAAAAAACAUUAAUACGUCAUUUACGCUAUGAAUGUCAACAGGAACCAAAAUUUUGUUGUAAUUAUUGCUCUUAUCGGGCAUAUCAAAAUAUACAUGUUAAACAUCAUAUGAUCAAAUUACAUCCGGAAAAGUGCGAGGAAAUGUUUGGAUUACGCCGAAAAGAUGGAAACCGAAUUGUUUACAUAUGUUCGGAUUGUGGAAAAUCGUACCAGUAUAAACAAUCGUUAACCAGACACAAACGAUUGGAAUGUAACAAGACUCCAUUAUAUAGUUGUCAUUUGUGUGAUCACAAGACAUUUCAGAAAAAUAAUUUAUUUUUGCAUAUUACGCGAAGGCAUAAAUUAGACGCAACAAUGAUAUAUCGUCCAAAUAAUAAUUGA